UGUCUGUGGAUCCUCAAGAUGCCGGUCUUACUCUUGGUCCUGGGCGUUGUGUUAUUUAUGUUCAGAAGUGUAUACCUUUAUACACAGUCCAGUAACCACAAACCACGGCUCCCUCACCCUGCUCCGGCUGCUGGGAUGCUGAAGCUUCUACCUGAGGAACGUGUCAGGAGCCUCUUUGCCUAUGAUGGAAUCUGGCUCUUCCCGAAAAACCAGUGCAAAUGUGAAGCCUCGGGACAUCAGGGAAGCUAUAACUUUGAGGAUGCCUAUGGCCAGAGUGACCUCCCUGCGGUGAAACUGAGGAGACAGGCUGAAUUUGAACACUUUCAGAGGAGAGAAGGGCUGCCUCGCCCACCGCCCCUGCUGGCUCAGCCCAACCUGCCCUUUGGGUACCCUGUCCACGGGGUGGAAGUGAUGCCCCUGCACACGGUUCCCAUCCCAGGUCUCCAGUUUGAAGGACCAGAUGCUCCCAUCUAUGAGGUCACCCUGACAGCUUCUCUGGGGACACUGAACACCCUCGCUGACAUCCCAGACAGUGUGGUACAGGGCAGAGGCCAGAAGCAGCUGAACAUUUCGACCAGUAACCGGAAGCUUUUGAAUUUCAUACUCCAGCACGUGACAUACACAAGCACAGAGUAUCAGCGCUGCAGGGUGGAUGUAGUGAGUCUGGAGUCCAAGUCCUCAGUGGCCAAGUUUCCAGUGACCAUCCGCCUUCCUGUUAUGCCCAAGUUAUAUGAUCCUGGACCAGAGAGGAAGCUCAGAGACCUGGUGACCAUUGCCACCAAAACUUUCCUCCGUCCCCACAAGCUCAUGACCAUGGUCCGGAGCAUUCGUGAGUAUUACCCAGAUUUGACCGUGAUCGUGGCUGAUGACAGCAAGGAGCCCCUGAAAAUUAAUGACAGCCACGUGGAGUAUUACACCAUGCCUUAUGGGAAGGGUUGGUUUGCUGGUAGGAACCUGGCCAUAUCUCAGGUCACCACCAAAUACGUUCUCUGGGUGGACGAUGACUUUCUCUUCAACGACAAGACCAAGAUUGAGGUGCUGGUGGAUGUCCUAGAGAAGACAGAACUGGACGUGGUAGGCGGCAGUGUGCUUGGAAACGUGUUCCAGUUUAAGCUGUUCCUGGAGCACAGUGAGAAUGGGAACUGUCUCCACCGGCGGUCAGGAUCUUUCCGGCCCCUGGACGGCUUCCCCAGCUGCGUGGUGACGAGUGGCGUUGUCAACUUCUUCCUGGCCCACACAGAGCGGCUCCAAAGAGUGGGCUUCGACCCCCGCCUGCAGCGAGUGGCUCAUUCAGAGUUCUUUAUCGAUGGGCUCGGAAGCCUGCUUGUGGGGUCCUGCUCAAAUGUGAUUGUAGGUCACCAGCCCCGUUCUCCAGUGGCGGACCCAGAGCUGGCAGCCCUGGAGAAGAGCUACAACAUAUACCGGACCAACACCAAAGCUCAGAUCCAGUUCAAGCUGGCUCUCCACUACUUCAAGAACCAUCUCCAAUGUGCCACGUAA